UUCUGUGUACAUUUUUUGAAUGAAAGAAUAUUUUAAACCGAGAAUGGCUAAAUGGGGCUUAUUAUCUCAUUAGGCUUUAGGAUCAAAACGGUUUGUCAACUUAUUAUGUUGCGAAAAUUAAUUAUGAGAAAGGGAUACAACAGAUGGACCUGGCUGUACGCUGCACUUAGUCUAGUCGGAAUGGUAAUGUGGACGUACUUUCAAAUGAGAUGCCCACCAGAAUUGAACAUUCAUCGAGAUCCUCCAAGACCUGUUCGAAGCAUGAAAUUAUCAAGCAACCAAGUUCACACGGGCGACGACCAGCAGGUUUUGGUGAACCGUUUCUUCGCUGCAAGGAGAGUCAAAACAGGAAUUGUAGAACUCUGGAGAGCGUUCCAAAACGAGAUUUUAAACAUCGGUGGCGAUACCGAGAAAACCAGGGUUCUAAGAAAACUGAAAGAAAGAUAUAACGCAUUGUUAAUUGAUAUGGACGAGUUGUUAUCUUUCGACGAUCAAUGGAGAAGCGAGCUCUCCAAGCAAGCAACCAGUGAGGUGGCGGAAACUAUAUCUCGACUACAGAAUCCGGAAGAUUGUAAUGGGAGCCGUCUCAGCAGUGACAUGAUUAAAUGUGGUUUUGGAUGUACAAUGCACUCGCUAGUAGGGCGGUUUGACCAUGCCAUUGCCCAGAACAGACGCUUCAUCAUAAACGGUUCACAAAGCGAUUAUUCAAACGGAUUGGAUGUUAUAACAGAAAACUUCAAACCAAUAUCUUCUUGUCCUAAAGAAAACACAGAAAUGGCUUAUGUUAACAGUGUAUGUUAUAUGGACGGAUGUGAUAUAUUAAACAAAACAAAAGAGCAUUCUUCCAACAUUCAAGACUAUAAGUACGUUCACGUAAGUGAAAUAAUUUCAUUUCAUGUUGAUGCAUUUAAGCCGUUGGGAGCAAGUGAGCAACUAUGGACCAAAUUAGUAAACUUUCAUGGAAAUCCAACCGCGUGGUGGAAGGGUCAACUACUUCGUUACAUCGUGCGACCAAAUGAGGCCAUAGGACAAAUGCUAGAGGAGAAAAGAGCAAAAAUAGAUUUUGGCGAGCCAUUAGUGGGCGUCCAUGUCAGAAGAACGGACAAGUUGGUUAUGCCGGGUGAGAAUGCAGAAUUUCACUAUUUUCGUGAAUAUAUGAAGCACGUCGAUGAUUGGUACGACAGGUACGAACUGCAAAUAAGAAAACUUGGUGCUGAACAUAAGAUUCACCGAAGAGUUUACUUGGCAACCGAUGAUGUAUCCGUUUGGAAAAAAGAGUUAAAAAGUUACAGCUCAUAUACGUUUUUUGGAACCCGGGAAUUCUCAAUAGCUGCAGGAAGUAGCAGAUCAUCACGUACCUCAAAAAAUGGUUUACGUGGCAUCAUAACUGACAUUUCGAUGCUCUCGAACUGUAACUUUUUGGUUUGCACUUUCACAUCCGAAGUGUGUAAAGCCGCUUACGAACUCAAGCAAACAUACUCGCUUGAUGCUUCCGAUGAUGCAAUCUCCCUGGACAGCAUGUACGGAACAGUCGGCCUGCCGAAUAAACCAUUAAAGGCAGUGUACGACCACACCGAAAACAAAACGACAAGCAAUAUGGGGUUCAAGCCGGGAGAUGAUGUUUUCAUCAUGAAAAACCUCUGGAAUGGAACAUACGAUGGAUGGAAUGGCCGAACUGGAAAUAUAGGCAUUUUUCCAUCGUAUAAAGUUCAGUAUGAAGGGAAGUACUGCUCAAACCAGUCAGCACUUUUUCGUACAACUUUUAUUAGAAGUGAUUAAAACAAAGUUACGUAUAUAUAGCCGCAAAAAUAAAACAAUGCACAUUUAAA